AUGCCUCCCAAACACCGCGACGGCGAUGUCGUCGCCGUGAUUCCCGGUCACUUUAUUUCGCACAUGCACACGAUUACCGCAUAUGGCGCCUUCCUCGGCGCGUUGAUCGUCGGUAUGGCGCUUCACUACCACAAAAUUGUGCAGAAUGAGCACUUUGGUUAUCCCAUCGAAUGGUUCCCCUCCGUAAGCGCAACCAUUGGCGAUCGCUAUCCCGAACGCACCGUCUUUCAGCUCUUUAUCGCCAUCUGUUCGGGUCCACGAUUCGCCCUGGUCUUCUUGUGGUACUGCCUAGCCAACAGGCCGAAUAGCUCACUGCCCAAGUUCGUUGCUGGCGUGGGUGUCUUUCGUACUCUGACUUGUGGAGGAUGGACAUAUGUGACGAGCACGGAUGAUCACGAUUGGCAUGACAUUUUCAUGAUCAGCUAUUUGGUGGCUACGCUGCCAUGGACCUUGGGAUGUUUGGCAUUGAGCCCACCCAACCCACAAGCCAUCAAGUACAGGAAGUACUUGGCUGGUGCUUUCUUUGGGACCUUGGUUCCUCUGGUAUACUUCUUCAUCCAGCACAAAGUGCAUCGUGUGCCAGGAGCAUACACCAUCUACGCCUUCUUCGAAUGGGCUCUCGUUCUUCUCGAUGUUGGGUUUGACGCUGUAACAGCCCUGGACUUUAGCAGCUUUGAGCUGGUCGUCAAAGACGUCAAGGGUCUGAGCAGAGGGGACAAGCGACGAGUUGCGGAUGAGGUGUUCGAGAAGGAGAAGGGCAAGCCUGUGGCUCAGGUUUUUGACACCCGCUUCUCCUGGGGCGAAAUGCUUGAUGCGGCUGCGGAUGUGUAUCUUGGUUUCACAUUCUGGACCAUCCUCACCUCCCUGGGUGUCGUCGUGUGGUAUUUCCCGCUCUGGCACAUGGGUAUUUCAGGUUACGAGGUUGCUGUCAUGUCCACCAUCUCGCCCUUCCUUCUUGGAAUCCCUCCCCUCCGAAGAUUUCUCUCCAAGUCCAUUCCAACCGUGCUGCUGACCACCAUUUCCGGUCUUCUUGCGUACCAGGUCAAGAAGCCAGAGUAUCGCUUGGCAGCCGUCAGCUUUGCUGUGUGGCAGGGAUGCCUCGCUUGGACUGCAGCGUGGCAUCGCUACCGCAACAGCCCGGCGAUGCUGGAAGCCCGAGUCUCCGCGUGGUUGAUCGGCCUGAUCGCUAGUAGCGUUGCCAAGUUCGCUUUCUGGACGAACAAUCCCAUCUGGCCUAUCAUGCACGCGGAGAAUGGUGGCUUGAACAAGACCGGAAUUGUCCUGUUCUUCCUAGCUCUCGCUCGAGCGUACCAGGUGGACUCGAAGAACAUUGACAGCGCUCCAGCACAGCCCAAGGCGAAGGGGUCGUCGCUUCUCGCAGCCCUCGGAUUGGGCGGGUGCUUCUUUGGCCUUCAUUCACUGCUUUCAGACUCCAGCACAAUGAUUCUCUGGGUCUGGGAGGGUUACCCGGUCCGAGGCCCGCUUGCGAGUCCGCAUGGAGCCUGGACAAUACUCGCAAUGGCAAUCGGGUUGGUCCUCGGACAGUUCUAUCCCAAUGUUGCUCGUAGCUGGGGUGUCUUUGGAAUCGGUUCCAUCGGUGCUGCGGUUCUGACAUGCUUCAGCCACUGGACGGGCUACUACGGUGGUCUUGUCCUGACUAUCUACCUAAUGGCAGUUACGCCGUCUCUCAUCUCAAACGCCGUCCGCUUCGCCCCAGGCCGAACUUUCUUUCUUGGCUUCUUCAUCUACAACUUCAUGGUGCUGUUCCAUGUGUGGGUGGUCGCAUACGCUUUUGUUCCAGGCGGUCCACUUGUCCGAGAGCAUACCGACUGGGUAAUGGCUACAACGAUGAUAAUGAUUGGAGCAGGUGUCUUCUCCUCUCAACACAACAGCCCCCCAGCCAAGCAAAAGUCUUUCCGUCCACCUCAAAACCCCGCCGCGCGGAGGCAGCGCAGCUACUACAUUUAUGUGCUACUAGCUUUGCAGCUCCUUAGUGCAAGCGUUGCGUACCUGCGCUUCCCAACUUACAAUUAUGAGCCGUACCACAAAGACGCCAAGCUCAUCACGGCCGGGAUCUGGACCAUCCACUUCAGCAUUGACAAUGGACUCUGGUCUUCGGAGCGUCGCAUGGAGCAGCUGAUUCGCGAGACCGAGCUUGAUCUGGUAGGUCUGCUGGAGAGCGACCUGCAGCGUAUCAUCAUGGGCAAUCGUGACACGACACAAUACCUUGCUGAGGAACUCGGCAUGUACGUUGACUACGGUCCGGGUCCCAACAAGCACACCUGGGGCGCAGCACUCCUCUCCAAAUUCCCCAUCAUCAACUCGACGCAUCAUCUCCUACCCAGUCCCGUGGGCGAGCUUGCACCAGCCAUUCACGCGACAAUCCUCGCUUAUGACGAACUCAUCGAUGUGUUUGUCUUCCACUCGGGCCAGGAAGAGGAUCCCGAAGACCGACGGCUACAGAGCGAGUAUCUGGCUGAUUUGAUGGGCGCGAGUCCAAGACCUAGCAUUCUGCUCAGUUACCUCGUGACAAAGCCUCAGCAGGGCAACUAUAAUACGUAUGUUUCUGAGAGGAGCGGCAUGCGAGACGUGGAUCCAAGCGAUUGGGAUCGUUGGUGCGAGUACAUUCUCUACAAGGGCAUGAGGAGGAYCGGUUACGCUCGUGUUAGUCGGAGCACUAUCACGGACACGGAGCUGCAGGUUGGCAAAUUCAUUGUUGGACAGCCUGAAGGCACCAAUGACAUGAUAUCUGAAGAGCAGGUCCCAGAGGCGUAUAGGUUCCCAGCCAUGUUCAAGGGACAGGGAGUGAGAGAUCACCGCUAUCACGUGUUCAACGAGCCAAGGUAUUACAUGUAA